UACAUGUUUUUGUCCUCAGCGCCAAAAGAUAUUUUUAAAUAAAGUUUUAAAAUAACAUGUCUAAAAGAUUUUUUCCUCAACAAUAUGGAGAGAGAAAAAAAGCGAAAUUAGAUGUAACCGUCUCUGAUCACAACUUUCCACUAAGUCAAAAUGUUAGUUCCAGUAAAGGUAACAAUCAAGCUGAUAAUUGGGGUGACGAUAAUGAUGACGAGAUUCUGCUUUUGGCGAGUCAAGCGUGCGAGGAAGCGUACAACGAACAAAAUAUUACUUCGUUGGCCGAUUACAGUUUUUGUAUGAAGCCGGCAGUAACAAGUACACAAUAUGAUGCAGUUCCAAGUACUUCUAAAGCACCAUUUGCGUUUAAAAUACCAACUUCAAGUCCCUUGAGUACUAUUUCAACUAAGUUAAAGGAUAAAUGUGAAAGAAUAUCAUCACCACUCCCCGGAAUAUCAUCUAAAGUAAAUAAAGAGCAUGUGAAUUUAAGUGAUGAUUAUAUUGUCAACGAUAAGAUAUUUAAGGGACUAGAUUCAGACCAAUUUUAUAAACAGCUGCUUCAAUUGCAAGAGGAAAAUGCUAAACUGAAAUCAGAGAAUGGAAAACUUCUAGAAAAAUGUGUUACAAAAGAAGGGGAAGCAACAAUACUUAGAACACAACUAAAAACUUGUCAAAUGGCUGUGGACAACGCUAGGAUGGAAAAAGUAAAAAUACAGGAAAAGGCCAAAAUGGAAUGGAUGGAAAAGAUUGGAGUGGCCAACAAUCAAAUACAUGAUUUAAAGAAUCAGUUAGAUUUUAAGAAUUUAGAAAUUAUAAGUAUAAAAGAAAAAUGUAAGAUGCUGGAAUCAUCUAAAAUAAAACUCACCCAAGUAACUGUUGGAACAAAUGACAUCUCAGCUAGUCAUAAGCAGAACAGUUACAUGGAAAGAGAUAACAAUAUGACUCAAGCAAGAAGAGUGAAGACUGCAACAAAUAGUGUACAAACUGACAACCAAUCACAUAUUCUGAAAUUAAAUACAAUAAUAAAGACAGAGCCAUCUACCCUCAAGAAACUUCUGCCGCUCAUAAUAGAAACCCACCCAGACCAACCUUCCAUACUAGAAUACAACGAGAAACUAAAAAAAUCGGACACUACUGUGAAUAAAUGUCGUGUUUUUAACACUUUUUACCGACUACCCUCAACGCCCAGUGUGGGUAGACGGAGAAAUAAAAUUAGUAUAGCGAGUGUGUACGAAGAUUUGACGUGUAUUGCUGCGGGCGAGAGGAACAAGGAUAGAUAUAUUAAUAUCCUUAAACAACUCAAAGAGGUAUUACAAGAAGUGCAUACAGAAUUAAGUCUAAUAGCUCAGCGCGUGACGACGGCAUUUCAACGGGAAAUGGACGAGAGGUACAUAGAUUCGACUGCCAGCCUGAACAUGUUUGUAAUACGGGAUUUGAUUAGUGGCAAGCCAUUAUACAAAGAAGAGCAAGCCAUACUAGCGCGUCGUUUCACAGCCGUGUCGUAUAUUCUACUGCGAGACAGCGCUGAUAUCAGCAUACUGAAAGACAGUGUGAUACAAGAUAUGCUGAAUGUAAUUUGUAAAAUAUGCAGUAUGUUGGAUACAGCGUGCACCGGCGUCCUCUACAGCGGCCUACUCAUCUCGAUCACACAAUUCCUAUCACAACUAGCUCAGCACUUCCCGGCCUCCCAACAGACAGACAUACAAAAACACAUGAUACUCGCGCGUCCAACGCCGGCGGUGUGCGUUGUGUUAGUUAGUGUUGGUGCGUGUGUUGGUUUGUGUGCUGGAUGUGUUGGUGGCAAUCUGAGGAUGGAUUAUGAUCAAGGCGUGUUAUUGUAUAAGAAAGACUCAUGUCUCCUUCAAGUACUAUUAAAGCAAGUAGAGACCGCUCUUAAAUGUAUGGAAAAUCAGAAUAUGCAAACGGAAGCUGUGACAUUAUGUAGGAAUUUACUUAUGUUAUAUACUAAGUUCGAUUCUAGUACAAAUGAGGAAACCAGAUGCGAUUGCCAGCUGGUGUUGAUGCAAGUUAUUGUAUAUGCGUUGAGGAUAUGUGCUAAUAUGUUGAAACAAACAGACAAUACAGCGGAUAUUUAUUCCGACCUGCUAAGCACAUGCCGCAGUGGUAUACAAGUGUUAUACCAGUGCAUACUGAGGGACGUGGAGUUCGCUUCCCGGCUCGGGUACCACGAGGGGCAUUUGGCUGAGCUGUGCGCGAUGCGGUUUGGACAGGAUGAUGUUUAUAGUACAAUGCUAGCUGAAAUUUCGAGUACAUUCCAGUCGUCGCCGGAAGACGCGACGCCAUCUUAUACGAAAAAAGCGUGGAUUAAUAGCUUUAAUAGUUUCUCUAUUGCUGAUUAAUAUGUUAUUUUAAUAUUUUAAUCGGCAAUUACAAUAAAUGUGUUUUUUAAUAUUUAAUUUUUAAAAGAAAAAACUCAGAAAUAUACCAUUAAAAAUUACUCAGAUUUAGUAUGUUUCUUUCGUCAUUUGCAUGUUCGAAUAAGUAGAAUUAGUUUCAUUUUUUGACGUGACAACGUCUUAUAAAUUGGUUUGCCGGGUGACACUUCAAGAAACUGCGUUACCCUCCGCUCACGUUAUGCGCUCACAAUGAGAGCGAGUGAGAGGCACGCGUCCCUUCCACUCGGGCAUGGUUAGCCCGCCUAAGAGCGAGAGAGACAGACAUAAAAAGUCGUCACGUAAAACUUUCGCCCG